GGGAAGAAGAAGUAGCUCAGGGCAGCCAUUGCAGAAACUGCACAUUUAGCCUAAUUAUUGUUGUAGCUAAAUUAAAAAAAAUCACUUUCCCCACCCCCCUUCGGUGGCAACAGACUUCGGGGUUUGUUUGGCUUGCAGACCAAUUCAUGCAGUGACAGCCAGCAGUGGAUUCAAGAGAACACUGUCAUGUCUGGAGUGCGUCUGGACAGGAAGAGUCGCUGGCAGGAGAUCCAAAAAGGUCUACAGUUUAUUCAAUCAACCCUACCGUUUCCUGGAAGUCAGGAUAAAUAUGAAGUGUUUGUUAAGGAUCUAGUUUGGAAUCUUUUUGGGGAAGGAAACGACGUGUUUAAAGAAGGGGAAUGGACAAAAUCCAUUGAGAUGUACACAGAAGCCUUGAGUAUCGCCGACUACGCCGACUCUGAGGACAUCUGCGUGGCCAAGGGUUUACUGGAGAAGCUUUAUGCGAAUCGAGCUGCCGCAUACUUAAGCAUUGUCCCGGGACUAUAUGACCAAGCAUUAGAAGACUGUGAAAAGGCCCUGGAGCUGAAUGAUGGCAACCACAAAGCGUUGUACAGAAAAGCAAAGUCUCUAAAGGAAAUGGGAAGACAUCAAGAAGCCUAUGAUGCUGUGGCCAAAUGCUCUCUAGCUGUGCCUCAGGAUCCCAGUGUUAUACAGCUGACUCAGGACCUUGCCAAAGUUUUAGGAUUGAAAAUCCGUAAAGCUUAUGUCAGGAGUAAGCCGGCCUUGAAUGUUUUGCGCGGAUCGAGUUACCAGGAUGCCGCUUGUGAUAAGGCAUCCCUGAACUCCUCCUCAGUUGAAGACAUAGAAAUUGAAGUGCCUCCAUUGAUCCCAGAAAGCAGUGUUGUUGUGCCUGGUCCCAUCCAACUUCCGGUGGCUGUGCUGCCGCCACUGAAUGACACAGCAGCAGAUGAGCUUCCACUCACCAACAAUAAGCCCCGUACGACCCCUUCAGAGCCUCCGGGCUUUGAGUCACGCUCCAAGUCUGUACCCUUGUCCGCCCCCCUCUCCGUCCCAAUGUUUUUGAACGGCUGCCGGACUAGUAAGCCCCACUCACUGCUCGACGCCAGCCAAGACUUUGAGGCGGACAUCAUUGGGGACGACCUGGAUGACCUGCUGGACCAAGCUGGCCCCAACACAGCCAUGGUCAUACCAACAGUGAAGGGCCCCCUUCCUUUGCCAACCAGUAUCGCCUCAGCCAGCUCCAUGUCAAAUUCAUUGCUUAUGCUGCCUCACAUCAACCCCUUCCUGCACUCCAGCACCCAACAGUGCACUGUCAAUCUGCCCCCGCUCUAUCACCAGUCAGGGUCCAGUUCCUAUUUCGGGAUGAACACUUUUGACACCCUACCCCAAACCAUGGACUCCCUGGAUAGCCUCUCCAUAUCCGACUUUAAAACAGAUUUUUCUUCAAGUCCUUUCAUGCCACAGAUUAACAACACUGAAAGUCCGAUGGGAAUGGCGGUGGGAAUGCCAGAGGUGAAGGCCCCUCCUGCCACCGUGGACUUGGGAAAGAACCCGUUGCAAAAGCAUGAAUUCAAACAGGCGUGUUCAGUCUGUUACGUCAAAACAGGUCCUGGCGUGUUAGACUACACGCUCCAUACUGAAGAGCACAAAUGCAAAAAGGACACUUUACUGGGCCGAUCAAAGCAUUCGCCUGAUAAAACAUGGAAACUCAUUCGGCCCAGACCAACAAAAACCCAAUAUGCAGGACCUUAUUACAUUUGCAAAGAGGUGGCAGUGGGUAAAGACUGCCUCUAUCCCGGUCAUUGUACCUUUGCAUACUGUCAGGAGGAAUUGGACGUUUGGACACUGGAGCGAAAAGGCUUCAUCUCCCGGGAGCUUCUCUUCGAUCCUUUCGGGGCCAGCUCCACCGUGAGGUUGACGGUGCCCAAGAUUUUGCAAGAGCACCCUGAGAUAUUUGUGUUCCUGUGCGGAGUGUGUUUUGACCACAAACCCAGAAUAAUCAGCAAAACCAAUAAAAACGACCCAUCGCGUUGCUCUCACCCAGAGACAAGGCAUGACUUUGAAAAACAUAAGUGCCUGGUCCACAUUUUAAAGGAGAACACUGUGCGCUACUCCAAAAUUCGAAUGUUGAACCACCUCUGCCAACUCGACUUAUGUCGGCAUGAAGUCCGAUACGGCUGCGUGAGGGAGGACGACUGCUUUUACGCUCAUAGCCUCAUUGAGCUGAAGGUCUGGAUGAUGCAGCAGGAGUGUGGGAUCAGUCAUGAAAGUAUUGUUCAAGAGGCCACCAAAGUUUGGAAUGCAAAUGUUGCAUUGCGGGGCACCCAGUCUCCAGGCCUGAGGAGGUUUGGGCCUCCCAAUCUGAAGAUGAUGUUUGUUUGUAGCCAGUGUUGGAGAAACGGCCAACUUAGUGAAGCCGACAAGAACAAAAAGUAUUGCUCAGCCAAGGCGAGACACACGUGGGCCAAAGACAAACGUGUGGUGCUUGUAAGCUCCGUUGAAAGGAAAAAGUGGACGAUAGUUAGACCCCUUCCUACCAAAAAGCCAAUCCCAGCUCAGUUUGAGAUUUGCAUGCACAUAGCAGCCGGCAAGAAGUGCCAGUACGUCGGCAACUGCUCCUUUGCUCAUAGCACAGAGGAAAGAGACCUGUGGACCUUCAUGAAGGAAACCAACAUCGCAGACAUGGAUCAGCUUUACGAGCAGUGGCUGCUGUCUCAGAAGCCGGGCUGGGGCGAGGAGAGCGCCAGUAACUCUGUGAAGGAGAACGGCAAGCAGAUCCACAUGCCCACAGACUACGUGGAGGAACUGGAUGGCAACCACUGUUGGCUCUGCGGCAAGAACUGCAACAGCGAGAAGCAGUGGCAGCAGCACAUCACCUCGGAAAAACACAAAGACCGCGUUUUCAACUCCGAGGACGAUCAGAACCGCUGGCAGUAUCGCUUCCCGACCGGUACUUUCAAAGUCUGUGAGAGCUUCCUGGUAGGGACGUGCUUUGAGGACGACUCGUGCAAGCUGGCCCACGGUGAGCAGGAGCUCAGGGAGUGGAUGGAGCGGCGGGAAGUGCUAUUGAUGAAACUCGCCAAAGCCAGAAAAGACCACCUUAUAGCACCAAACGACAAUGACUUUGGAAAAUACAGUUUUCUCCUUAAAGACAUCAAGUAAUGACAUGAUACGCGCUAGAGUCCACACGUGAAGACAAACAGUAUUCAAACUUAAGUCCCCCGGCGGGUGGGGGAGAGGAGAUGGGAUCUCGGAGAAGCAUCCAGGAAGUAGCCUGAUCACAGCAUGAUUUUUAAAGCAGCUCCGGGUCGGCCCCGAUACCUGAGCGGCGUCUGGUUUUGCCUCGGAGCGUAACCAAGCAACACGAGCUUUGCUAUGCACCGCUCGGUAGGACAUCUGAAAUGGGCGAUGGAACCAGAGCCCCGACCAGACGCGUUCCACUCAGUUCACCUUCAGUUUCUUUUCAUAUGUUGAUGACUUUUAUGUUUGACCUUUUUACUAAUUACACGCGGACAGAGAAAGCUUAUUUGACAUUUUGUUUUAAUCCAUCAACAUCACGUAACAACUGUCUCAUAUUACCAGUAUAACCAGCACCACACCAAAUAAAGUUUUUUUUGAGUACAUAU